CUUGCAUUGUGACUAGUACGUGCAGCACGUCAGUGUGCUGCACGCAGUCAAAUGGGAAGCGAGGAUAAAAUACUGAGCUGGAUCUGCCGCUUUACAGUUAUUACGGCUUUUUUCUUGGUCGGUUUUAUUAUAGGGUGGUUUGCUCGACCUACUACUGUCAAUCAUGGAAAAACGUCAAAAAGUUUCCUGCGUGAUUUUAUGGAUGAAAUGCAAGCGGAGAAUAUUAAACAACAUCUCAGAAAGUUCACACGGCUGCCUCAUCUGGCGGGAACACAGCAGAAUUUAAUCUUGGCAGAGCAGAUUCGUGACGAAUGGAUAAAGUUUGGUCUGGACACCGUGCACCUCGUCCCGUAUGACGUGCUGCUGUCAUAUCCCAAUAAAACAAAUCCCAAUUACAUUUCCAUAGUGGACAACCUGGGCAAAGAGGUCUUCAACACCUCUCUGUCUGAGCCGGUUCCUGAAGGUUAUGAACAUGUCACUGAUAUUGUUCCUCCCUAUAGUGCCUUUUCUCCGAAAGGACAACCCGAGGGUGAUCUGGUGUAUGUUAAUUACGGACGAACAGAGGAUUUCUUUCAACUGGAGAGAGAAAUGGGAAUUAACUGUACUGGAAAAAUCGUCAUUGCUAGAUACGGCAAAAUCUUCCGCGGAAACAAGGUGAAGAAUGCGAUGUUAGCUGGAGCUAAAGGCAUCAUUUUGUUCUCGGAUCCUGCGGAUUACUGUGCAGAAGGUGUAGAGCCGUACCCUAAAGGCUGGAAUCUACCGGGAGGGGGCGCGCAGAGAGGGAACGUCCUUAAUCUUAAUGGAGCGGGAGACCCCCUCACUCCUGGAUACCCAGCAAAAGAAUACACCUACAGGUAUCCGGCAGAUGCUGGUGUGGGGUUGCCAAAAAUCCCAGUCCAUCCGAUUGGAUACUACGAUGCAAUUCACCUGCUAAAGAAUAUGGGGGGACAUCUUGCCCCUGAUAACUGGAAGGGCGCCCUUAACGUCUCAUACCGAAUUGGACCUGGAUUUGUGGAUGGCUUUGAACAGAAUAAAGUACGUAUGAACAUCCACACCAACAAUCAGGUGACCCGUAUCUACAACGUGAUUGGCUGGAUCAGAGGAGCUGUGGAGCCAGACAGGUACAUUAUUCUGGGCGGGCAUCGGGAUGCUUGGGUGUUUGGAGGGAUUGAUCCGACGUCAGGAGCUGCUGUGGUACACGAAAAUGUAAGAGCGGCCGGAAAACUAAUGAACAGAGGUUGGAGGCCGAGAAGAACUUUGAUCUUUGCCAGCUGGGACGCAGAAGAGUUUGGUCUGCUGGGAUCUACAGAGUGGGCAGAGGAUAACGCCAGAAUACUGCAGGAGCGAGCGGUCGCAUACAUCAAUGCAGAUUCUGCCAUUGAGGGUAUGUACACACUGAGGGUCGACUGCACUCCCUCAUUACACACUAUUGUGUAUGACAUCACCAAAAAGAUUCCAAGUCCAGAGGUCGGGGAAGAGAAAAUGAGCUUAUACGACAGCUGGCACAAGAGAGAUAACUGGACUGAAGGAAAUGUACCUCGGAUCAGUAAACUGGGUUCUGGCAGUGAUUUUGAAGCAUAUUUUAUCAGAUUAGGCAUUACAUCUGGAAGGGCAAGAUACACCAAAAACAGUAAAACCGAGCGUUACAGCAGUUACCCCGUCUAUCACAGCGUUUAUGAGACUUAUGAGAUAGUGGAGCGGUUUUAUGACCCGAGCUUUCGUCGGCUGGAGGCGGUGGCCCGGGUCAGGGGUGGGCUCAUCUUCAGUUUGGCAGACUCUGUGAUUCUUCCUCUGGACUGUGAGGAGUACGCCUCUUCUCUUAACAGAUAUGCUAACAGCAUCCAUCAGCUCGCACAGAAACAUCCAGAUGCCAUGCAGCAGUAUCACGUCUCAUUCGACUCUCUUUUCUCUGCGGUUAAGAACUUCACAGACGCAGCCCGAGAUUUUCACCAGCGGCUAAAUCAGCUGGACACUUCUGAUGCAAUGGCCGUGCGAAUGGUAAAUGAUCAGCUCAUGUAUUUAGAGAGAGCUUUCAUUGACCCGUUGGGCUUACCUGGAAGGCCUUUUUACAGGCACAUCAUUUUUGCUCCCAGCAGUCACAAUAAAUACGCGGGAGAGUCUUUUCCCGGGAUCUACGACGCUCUGUUUGACAUCGAGAACGCGGUGGACCCGCAGAAGUCCUGGGACGAGGUCAAACGACAGAUCAGCAUCGCUGCCUUCACAGUCAAUGCUGCAGCCGUGACCCUGAUGCCUGUUGUGUGACCUUCACAUUUUAAUAAAGAUCCAGUUCUUAAAA